AUUACAUAAAUUGGACCAUUAAGCUAGGUUGGUAGAGUUUGAAUGUUGAAGGCCAUGGCUGCAAAAGGGCUGAUUCUGUACCUGCUAACAGCCUUCUCUUUGGCUCUUCUUUCUGUUCAUUUCGUCACCAAUUACUCAACGGACAACGGUACCGCAGAACCGUGGCUUCGUUCGUCGUCAAAUUCUACCGUUUUGCUACGGAAUUAUGGGUCCGAAGCUAAAGUUUGGCCUGAGUUGGAAUUCAGCUGGAGGGUUGUAUUGGCGACGGUAAUCGGGUUCUUGGGGUCGGCCUGCGGGACGGUGGGCGGGGUUGGUGGCGGUGGCAUUUUCGUGCCUGUGCUAAGUCUGAUUAUUGGCUUCGACACCAAGUCUGCGGCCGCUCUUUCCAAGUGUAUGAUAAUGGGAGCGUCAGCAUCAUCGGUUUGGUACAACCUGCGGGUGCCCCAUCCGUGCAGAGAAGUGCCGAUAAUUGACUAUGAUUUGGCUCUUUUGUUCCAGCCCAUGCUCAUGCUCGGCAUCACCGUUGGUGUUGCAUUGAGCGUCGUCUUCCCCUAUUGGCUCAUCACUGUCUUAAUCAUAAUCUUGUUUUUAGGGACUUCAUCGAGGUCCUUUGGUAAGGCGAUUGAGAUGUGGAAGGACGAGACCGUUUUGAAGAAAGCCAUGGAUGAGAGACAUAUAACAGCUGAUCCUCAAUCAGAAUUGAUGCUUGAUACCGAUUAUCAACUCUUGAUUCCUCAAGAGCAGAAAACAACUCUGCAAAUUAUGAGGGACAACCUUAACAUCAAGAGGAUUUUGGUCCUGCUACUUGUCUGGAUUUGCUUCUUGCUUCUUCAAGUCAUCAAGAAUGAAACAAGAGCAUGUAGCACACUGUACUGGAUCCUCAACAUCUUACAGUUCCCCGUUGCUCUUGCCGUUUUCGGGUAUGAAUGUGUUAAACUGUACAAGGAAAGCAAGAAGAGGAGAAUGGCCGGAAAUCCAGAACUGAUAUGUGAGGCGGCGAUAGAAUGGACCGCCGCCAAUCUAGCCUUCUGUGCCCUUUGCGGCGUCGUCGGGGGCACCGUCGGCGGCCUGUUAGGUUCCGGCGGCGGUUUUGUUCUCGGGCCUCUUCUUCUGGAGAUUGGUGUGAUCCCACAGGUAGCUAGUGCGACAGCAACCUUUGUAAUGAUGUUCUCCUCAUCUUUGUCAGUUGUGGAGUUUUAUCUCCUCAAGAGAUUUCCCAUACCAUAUGCGUUGUACAUGAUGGGGGUGUCAAUCUUGGCUGGUUUCUGGGGCCAAUACUUGGUCAGAAACCUCAUCACAAUCCUCAAGAGGGCCUCCAUCAUUGUGUUCAUCCUCUCCGGCGUCAUUUUCGCCAGUGCUGUCACUAUGGGCAUCGUAGGAAUCCAGAAAAGCAUCGAUAUGAUAAACAAGCAUGAGUUCAUGGGAUUUUUCGAUUUUUGCAGCAGCCAAUAGUCCCAUUUGUGAACGUCGUUAAGAGGUAAAAAAAAAUGUAAGAGUUAUAGUCUAUUGUACAACCAAUGAGAUAACGGUCAAUGUGUUAUUGACCUAUCUAUAAGUCGGUGAUUGUUAGCUACCGCUAACAUCGUUAAAACGAAAAAUCUUUUAUAUCAAUAAAUCCGGGCUUGCAAUGUU